GGGUGGGCAAGGGGGAAUCUGGAGGAUCUUUUCUCCAGGAUAACAUACAGUCCCCAUGGACGCUGCCCACCAUCCCAGUGUCCACCUCCAGCUGCCUGAGCGCGUGAGCAGACUGCUGAUGAGGCCAUGGCAGUUAACGAUUGCCAGGUCCUGGGGCUGCAAUGGGCUUGGUGUCACCAGGGUGGUGACACGUGUUCCCCACACCCCCACAGUCAGUACACCACUGACAAUGGCUUCUCUUGUUGGUGCCGUGAUGGCAUGGUGUGCCUGAAUUCCCUCAUUGAAUGGAACCAUUUCACUUCUCCCUGUUGAAUUUCUGGAGUGACCCAUGGGGCCUCUGGGGGGCUCCCAGCCCACAGCAGAGGGUCAAGGAUGAUAACUUCCCAUUAACACCCUCCCUCCUCCUGUCGGGGAGCCCCAUUUUCCCUUAUCUCUCCACUGUCGUUUAAGGGGUUUCCAUCUCUCUCAAGACCCAAAUCUCUCCUGUAGGACCCAAAUACCCUCUAUGCCCCAAAUCUUUCCCCUAAGACCACAUUCUUCCUUCUAAGAUUCAAAUCCCUUGCCUCCAACCCCAAAUCACUCUCCUCAGAUUCAAAUCUCCCCCUCAGACUUAAUGCUCUUCCCUUCAGGUCUCUAAUUCCUGCCUCCCAGUACCCAAUUCCCCCUAACCUCCAGGUAACCCAUCCCCUUGGCCCCAACUCUCCCGCGCAAGACUCAAAAAAAUCCCCCCCGGGACCUAAAUCUCCCCGCGCAAUACCCAUAUCUCUCCCUUUACCUUAAAUCCUCCCCCGACAUCGCCCUGCUCCCCGCCCCGAUCCCCCCCGAUCCGAGAGCCCCCCCUCCGGCCUUUUCCCUCCUCCCACGGCCGCUCUCGUCCGCCGGGGCGGGGCGGGCGCGGCGGCGGCGAUGGGCGGCGGGGCGCGGGAGCUGGCCGGGUACCUGGCGGCGCUGGCCGGCUGGGUGGCGGGGCUGGCGGCCGCCGUGCUGCCGCAGUGGCGGCAGAGCUCGUACGCCGGGGACGCCAUCAUCACGGCCGUGGGGCUCCACGAGGGGCUGUGGAUGAGCUGCGCCGCCCAGAGCACCGGGCAGGUGCAGUGCCGCCUGCACGACUCGCUGCUCUCCCUCGAAGUUCACAUCCAGACAUGCCGGGCUCUCAUGGUCAUUUCUCUCCUCCUGGGCUUCUUUGGCAUCAUCGUGAGCGUGGUGGGCAUGAAAUGCACCAAAGUUGGGGAGGAGGAUCCUGUCACCAAAAGCCGCAUAGCUGUUGCUGGAGGUGUUCUCUUCAUUCUCUCUGGUCUGUGCACACUGGCUGCCGUGUCGUUGUAUGCAACACAGGUGACCUAUGAGUUCUUCAGAGAGAGCACCAUCCCCAUCAAUGCUAGGUACGAAUUCGGCUCUGCUCUCUUCGUGGGCUGGGGGGCCGCCAGCCUUUCCAUGUUGGGGGGGUCCCUCCUGUGCUGCUCCUGCCCUGCCAAGGCGCGCCGAGGACAGCAGUACCAUCAGCAGUCACAGCCCUCCACAGCCCGCGAGUAUAUCUGAACCCAACCCUGCACUCCUGCUGCCCAGUGUCUCCCUUCCCUCCCAAAAAGAGGCAAGACCCUGGUGUUCCCACCCUGCCUGGACCCUGAAUGCCCUGUGAGAUCUUUCUCCUUCUUAUCUUCCAGGUUUCGGCACCAUUUUCAGUACCCGCCUCUAAAGUAGAGAUUUUAAGUGUCACACCUCCCAUAUCCAUCAUUGCCGUGUUCUCCUCAGCUGGGCACGGUGGCACCCCCAGCUCCACAAUGUGGCCAGGCCAUGUCUGUCUGUCACAGGGAUUCUGUGGGGGUGAUGCUGGGAGGCUGAUGCCAGUGGCACAGGGACACAGAGCCAAUUGGCCAAUCCCAUGGGGGGUGCUGCACAGAAGUGCUUUGUACCAUGGCCACCCCUCUCCCACAUCCUGUUUUCAGGAGCAAGCGGGGAGGAAAGCCAGUGUUUGGUUUUCCUUGGAUGAGGUUUUCACUUCUAACAGCACCAGCCCAACUCAGGAUUCAAGCAUCCCACACCAUGCUUUUGGCAGAGGGAUGCUUUUAGGGUGCAGCAUUACCCUGCCUCAUUGCUACUGAAAAGCAACACUUUAAAAUUAUUAUUAAUUAUUAUUGAUUCCUGCCUGGAGGCCAGUUGCUCCAGCUGAGCUCUGCCAGCCCAAACCUGCCUUGGACUCGUUCCUGUCCAGGACCAGGCUGUGCCUUGUUAAACAAUAAAUGGGUUUGGGCAAAUUAAAGCAGCAAAAAGGGACUCUGAACACAAAUGAUUUGUUUUUAGUUUUGGUGCCCAACACAACUGUUUUGAGUGGCAGAUAGACAGAGCCCUGAAUUUUGGUGCCUUCCUGCUGGGUCCAAAUCCCUCUUCCCCGCCAGGAUCCCCUAGAGCAGACAGUGAAGGUUCCAAACACAACCUGCUAAUUGCCUCCAUCACUUUGUACCUCUGUUCUACGGCUAUUAAUUGUUUUGCAACUGCCAAAGCUCAAAUUUAAUCUGUUAAUCCUCCAAACUCUCUGUACUCCAGCCCUGCUGCAGGUGUUGCGCCAACCAACCCACAGGGAAGGACACUGGAAAUUAUCCAAACAGCUUCAUUAUCUAUUUUUUAGUUUUAUUUUUAAACCCAAAUAUGAAGAGAAAGCUGAGUUUUUAAAAUUUUGGAUUGCUCUGUUUUAUUUUGCUUUAUUUUAUUUUAUUUUGCUUUAUUUUAUUUUAUUUUACUUUAUUUUCUCUUCUGUUUUAUUUUGCUGUAUUUUAUUUUACUCUACUUUUCUCCUUUUUAUUUUCUUUCCAUCUGUUUUAUUUCCUUCCCCUCUAUUUGAUAUUAUGCCCAUGCCCGGGUCUGGGUCCCUUGUUGGGGCGCGUUGGUUUGCUCCCCGCACCCCCGAGUUUUAUACAUGGUCUAGCCCUGGGGCACUCCCUCUUUUUCUUUUUUAAUCACCCUGUCUGUCAUCCCUCUCCCCUCCCUGUUUGGCAAUGUAUCCACCUGAACCCCUCCCUGGACCCCCAUCCAUCACUCGGAGGCCAAGCCCCAUUUUCUAGAAUCUUCCAGCCAGGCCAUCGGGUGAUUGGCUCAGGGGCCAGAGACACUCCCCACUUCCACUCCCAUUGGUUAAUUUAGUUGUCAGUUCAAGGUUUGUUACGCCCCCCUGAAUCCCUGAUUGGUUGUUGGCUACCCUUCAAAAGGCGCUGUCAGGCGCAGCUAUUGGUCUCUUGGCUCGUGUCUUCCCUGGAAUAAACCGGACUGUGACACGGCUGGAGUCCGUCUCGUUCCUUCCUGCGGAUUGCAGUCUCUGUUCCUCACCUGGAAAUCCUCGUCACUAUAAGGCUGCAAAGCCUUAGGUGCUCUCCCAACCUCGCGUGGGCAUAGGAGUGCGCCCCAGUGCUGCCGGUGACGCUGGCCACAGCCAGCCGGGUUUUCCUUUGAGGCCAGCCGCCGCUGCAGUUUGGCGCCCAACGUGGGGCCGCCGGGAACAUCGCCGGAACCCACGGACGAGGUUUCCAGAUCCCAGGACACGCUCCGUUGGAUUUGGACUUAUACCUCACUGGCCGUCAAGCUACCUCUGGGUGAGCAGACCCCGUUUUAGUGGGUGGCGCUCCCCGAGGAUUGGGAUCGGCAGCUCCUCGCACCCCAGGAGUCGGUCCCGCCGCAGGAUCCACCCUCCUCGGACCUUUUCCCGGAUUCACCACCGAGUGUGAGUUCUCACCCUUCUUUCACCCCCGUCUUUUUAAAUUUCUGUUGCCUUUUUGUUGACGGUUUCGUCCGUCCUCACCUGUUUCUACGGGUUCUCGUCAAAUCCUGCAGGUCAUUUUCACCAGCUGGUGGUGUCCAGCGACGGGGUUCGGUUGGUGGUCCCCUUUCUUUGCUCCUUUUUCCCUCCGAGGUUGGGUGGUUUGGGUUGUGGUUGUAACAUCUUAAGAUGGGUGCCAAGGUCUCCACAACCCAGAAGAGACUUAUUCUUAAAGUUCAAGGGAUUCUUGUCGUUGGGGGGUUUGAAAAUGUUAGUAAAAAGGAAAUAAAAAAUUUAGUUGCCUGGCUGCUCUCCCAGUUCCCUGCCACCACCCCCGAACAGAUUGUUAAUUACGUGUUUUGGUCCCAUGUCUGUUUGAAAGCGGAAAGUAUGUGCCGUUCGGGGGAUUCUAGGAUGCUAAAGGUCACAUUUUUGUGCUCUCAAAUUCGGGACCUCUUGAGAGUUCAGAAGGAAUUGGAACAGCAGCCAACCACAAGUUGUUCAGUCCCCAGUUCGUACGGUUCUCCCUACCCUACCCCUCAUUCCCUACCCUCUACCCCUAAGUCCGGGAUUCUGAAGAGGGCAGCCCGCGACAGCACCGCGCAGGGUUCAUACCACCUCCCUGGCUCUCUUCAGAAUGCCCAAUCCCCCCGCCGGAGGAGUCCUGGCCAGACUCCUCGGGAUUUAUCCAACCCUCCCUUUUCCCCGGUUCACGUUCUCCGCGGUUCAAAACGUUCGGUUCGGUUCUGUCCUCCCCCUUCUCCUUCACCCUCUGAGGAUUCACUGGCGCAAGAUGGCGCCGGUGAAUCACAAAAUGGCGGAGGUCGCAUGGCUUUUCCCGCCAAAACUUCUUCUUCCCACAAUCCUUUUCUCUCUCCCCACAAUCCCUUCAAUCAAUCUGACCCCUCCUCUUUUAUGUCAUCCCCUCCUCCUUCCGCUCCGCCCUUGUCUCCUCCCAUUGCUCCUCCCUCUGCGACUCCUCCUCCUCGACCAGCUCCUCCCAGGUACCACGCCUCCAAGGCGAGGACAAUACCACCAGUCCCCGCCCCCGUCCUCGGUCCCUCCUCUUCCUCCCCAGUUUCCGGUUCCCACGCUACCCCUUCCGGUUCCCACGGUCCAUCGAGUGCCGGGAGGGGGGCUGGGAGUCGGGACCCAGAGCCGCUGCCUACGCUCUCUGCGGCCCCAGUUGUCUACCAUCCGGGGGCGGAGGGGAGGACCCAGGCCCAGUGGACCCCUUUCCCAAACUCCACAAUUAAAGAAUUAUGUAAGGCCCAAAAAGAUUACACUCGAGACAGCGAAUUUUUUCGGGGAAUUUUGAAGGCCACGCUCACUGAUGCUGUAGUUAUCCCUGCCGAUCUGCGGCGAAUUUUUUCAUGUCUUUUGAAUCCCACUGAGUUUGUAGUUUGGGAAUCUAAAUGGAAGAGAGAAAUUUCUAAAUCUUUACCAUCGUUGUGGGACAAUCAAAGCACCGCCGUAGAUUCGGAAGGGGGAAUCUUAACAACAGAUCACCUCAGUGGAGUGGGGGCCUGGGCCGACGGGAAUUAUCAGGCCUGGUACAUUCCUUCGGAGGCAUUGAAAGCUACCACAUUGGCGGCGCAGAAAGCGUUUUUUAGUUUAAGAUCUCCUACUGCUCCUUUAAUACAUUAUUCUAAAAUCGUGCAAUCAGAUAAUGAACCUUUUUUAUUGUUUGUUGAGCGUCUGCGCAAAGCAAUUGACAUGCAGGUCAGAGACGAGGUGACCCGGGAUGGAAUUCUAGCCGAGCUGGCAGCCGCGAAUGCCAACUCCGCGUGUAAGGCCGCCAUUCUCAGCCUUCCCCUCGAGCCGCCGCCAGAGCUUUCCCAGAUGAUUGAAGUAUGCGAGAGGAAGGUGGCCGUUCUCCCGGAGGAGCCUAAUCAGUGUUCCCGAGCGCCUGCACGUCGUGUCGCCGCCGCUGGACCUGGGGAGGUUCAAGUCGCUGUUGCCCCUGUUCACCCUCGUACGCCGCGUCCCGUCCGCAGACCACCGCCCGGCACGGACGCGCCGUGUCAUCUGUGUCAUCAACCUGGACAUUGGAUGCCUGAUUGCCCCUUGAGGCGAGAGUUUAUCAGCUUCAGGAAUCAUCAGAGGCCUCAGGGAGCCAAUCAGCAGCCAAAAAACUAACUUGUGAGCGCGCCUCCUCCCCGCGCCAAGAAAUAAAUAGGGCAGGCGUUUCUCCAUCUUGCAGGGGGGGAGGGAGAGAAGAAGCUUUCCACCAGGCUUCCCAGCAAAGCCUGCUUGUUUCGCAACACUCAUCGGACUUGACACAUAAUGGAUCAAUUGAUAUGUCACCAUUUUUAACACGCCCAGUCUUAACAACUUUCUCAAAUUUCUCACCAUACAGGCUGCAGUUGACGGACUCCCUUUACAUCAAGGACUCCGACUUUAGAGACGUCUCAGUCUGCCCGAACGUGCCAGGUACCUGGUGGCGGAUCAAGAGUAAGUACGUUGUCGUCGGAGACACAAAACACACGCCAGAGCACAUCACAAUCUUGCCUGGUCUUCUGUCAUCUGAUUUACAUCAAUUUUCCGUUGCACUCUACUGCACGCGCCCUCCCAUCUUCCUACCAAAAGGGCAGGUGAUAGCACAAGCGAUCCCUGUUCCUGAGUUAGACCUUUUUAACACUUCAGACACUUUGACACCUGUUGUGGCCUGGUCCCAGGUUUUAUCCAGGGACAAGCCGAGACUCACAUGUCACUUGCAGAAAGAGGGAGAUUUUACCACAUUGAAUGGGCUUUUAGAUACUGGGGCAGACGUGACGAUCAUUCCCGCAAAGGAAUGGCCGUCACAGUGGGAAUUGCAGGACGUGGCUGGAAGGAUCCAGGGUGUUGGAGGGGUGCAAUUGGCCAAGCAAUCGAAGGGCAUUGUGCAAAUUAUGGGGCCCGACGGGCAAUUGGCAUCGAUCCGCCCGUUUGUUUUAGACUACGCGGAACCCCUGUGGGGAAGAGACCUCCUUGCCCAGUGGGGAGCCAAAAUUGAUCUUCCAUCGGCUCCCCAGGUUUUUCGGGCAGCGGCCACUGAAGAGCGCCCUACUCAAAAGUUAAAUUGGAAAACGGAUGUUCCUGUUUGGGUAGAGCAGUGGCCGCUUUCCAACAAAAAAUUGAAGGCGCUCCAGGAGCUCGUGGAGGAACAGCUGCAAAAGGGACACCUGGUUGAGACCACGUCACCAUGGAACUCACCGGUGUUCGUCAUUAAAAAACCUAAUAAGGAGAAAUGGCGGCUCCUCCACGACCUUCGACAAAUUAAUAAUGUCAUCGAGGAUAUGGGGUCUCUUCAACCAGGGAUGCCGUCCCCUGCAAUGCUCCCUCAAAAUUACCAUCUGGCCAUCAUUGACAUCAAAGAUUGCUUUUUUCAAAUUCCCUUGCACCCGGACGAUGCCCCACGUUUUGCCUUCUCGGUUCCCACCAUAAACCGGGAAGCCCCAAGGAAGAGAUACCACUGGCGAGUUCUCCCACAAGGGAUGAAAAAUAGUCCUGUCAUCUGCCAGUGGUACGUCUCUUCCUUGCUGUCCCCAGUACGUGCAGUGGCGACGGAGGCGAUCAUCCAUCAUUAUAUGGAUGACAUUUUAGUCUGUGCUCCGACCGAGGACGUGCUUACCCAUGCGCUUGACCUGACAAUCAAUUCAUUGGUUGCUGCAGGGUUUGAGCUGCAACAAGAAAAAAUUCAACGGAUGCCGCCCUGGAAGUACCUGGGCCUUGAAAUUGGCAGACGCACGAUUGUGCCCCAAAAAAUCUCAAUUCGGCCUCACAUUCGGACUCUGUCUGAUGUUCAGCAGCUGUGUGGAGCUUUGAAUUGGGUGAGACCUUGGCUGGGCAUCUCCACUGAAGACCUGGCCCCCCUUUUCAAUUUAUUGAAAGGGGGAGAGGAGCUAAGUUCUCCAAGGACCCUCACCCCAGAGGCACGAGCUGCACUGGAAAAAAUUCAGACGUCCAUUUCUGAGCGCCAGGCUCAUCGUUGCAUCCCAGAAUUACCAUUCAAAUUUAUCGUGUUAGGAAAGUUACCACAUCUCCAUGGGGUGAUUUUCCAAUGGGACAAAUCAUUCAGGAAGGACCAGGGACCUAAGGAUCCCCUCUUAAUCAUAGAGUGGGUAUUCCUUAGCCAUCACCGGUCCAAAAGAAUGACACGGCCACAAGAGCUGGUGGCAGAACUGAUCCGCAAGGCUCGCCUUCGGAUCAGGGAGCUGGCAGGUGUGGACUUCGAAUGCAUUCACAUUCCCAUUCAGUUAAGUUCAGGUCAUCUGACGAAAGCAAUGUUGGAACACCUGUUGCAGGAAAAUGAGUCACUGCAAUUCGCACUAGAUAGUUACUCCGGUCAAAUUUCUAUUCAUCGUCCGGCACACAAAAUUUUCAAUCCGGAAGUUCAAUUUCAUCUUUCUCUAAAAUCUGUUCAGAGCCGAACCCCUUUGAAGGCUUUGACCGUGUUCACUGACGCGUCUGGAGCAUCCCACAAGUCAGUGAUGACUUGGCGGGAUCCUCGAACUCAGCGGUGGGAGGCUGAUGUUAAAGAGGUCAAGGGAUCACCUCAAAUAGCUGAGUUGGACGCUGUCGUCCGAGCCUUCGAGAAGUUCUCUGAACCCUUUAAUUUGGUUACUGAUUCAGCGUAUGUAGCCGGAGUGGUAUCCCGUGCAGAAAAUGCGGUCCUGCAGGAGGUUUCCAACAACACGCUAUUCAUCUUGCUCUCAAAGCUUAUUAGAUUAGUCUCCCACCGAGAGCAACCUUACUAUGUGAUGCAUGUCAGGUCCCACACCGAUCUGCCAGGGUUCAUCAUGGAGGGAAACAGGAGGGCCGAUGCCCUUGCUGCUCCUGCCCAGGUAACCCCGCUCCCGGACGUGUUCCAGCAGGCUAAGAUCAGCCACCAGUUGUUCCAUCAAAAUGCUCCUGGUCUUGUUCGUCAGUUUAAGAUCACGCGAGAACAGGCCAAGGCAAUCGUGGCCACAUGUCCCCAGUGCCAAAUGUACCAACUCCCAUCCAUCUCCGUAGGCACUAACCCCCGUGGAUUGUUCAGUUGCGAAAUGUGGCAGAUGGAUGUAACACAUGUCACGGAGUUUGGACGGCUCUCAUUCGUUCAUGUCUCCGUUGAUACUUUUUCCAAUGCAGUUUAUGCCUCUGCCCACACAGGGGAGAAGGCCAAUGAUGUUAAGAAACACCUGCUAUUGGCUUUCUCCGUACUGGGCAUCCCAAAGUGUAUAAAAACAGAUAACGGCCCUGCGUACAAGUCCAGGGAGUUGCGAAGCUUCCUGCAGCAAUGGGGAAUUGAACACAAAACUGGCAUCCCCCAUUCCCCGACAGGCCAAGCCAUGGUGGAAAGGACCCAUCAGAGCCUGAAAAAGGUUUUGAGUCAGCAACAUUUGGCGAUGAAGAUGGAUCCUCCACAGAUCCGCCUUGCCAGGGCACUUUAUACCAUCAAUUUUUUAAAUUGCUCAUUUAACAACUUAAAUCCACCGAUAGUAAGGCACUUUGGACAGAACGAGACGCUGCAACUGCGAGCCAGACCGCCUGUUAUGGUGAGAGAUCCUGAGACCUGGAAGACGGAAGGCCCAUUUGAUUUAGUAACCUGGGGGAGGGGAUACGCAUGCGUCUCCACCCCUUCAGGCUUGAAAUGGGUGCCAUCCAAAUGGGUCCGGCCGUUUGUCCCAAAGAGGACCUCAGCGGUGAGUGUUGCACGACAGGUUGAGGAGGCAUGCUGGCGGAGAAAAUGGAAGCCUUUUAUUAAUGAUCUUGAUCUUCUCCCAGAGCUAGACCUUCCCCUUUAAUUAUAUUUCUUAAUCCUUUCAUAUGUUUUAUUGCAGAGCUCAUACCAUGACCACCCGAGCAAAAUCCAUCCUGCUGCUCGUUAACAUCGCAACCAUUGUCGUUUUGUGUGCCGUGCUGCCGUCAUCUCAACCAUGGGUUGUUCCCCAACCCAAAAAGAACGUCUGGAGAACCCUCGCCGGCGCCCUCGGCCAAGACAGCAUCUGCCUAACCACCGCAACUGCAGCAGACCCCUUGUCCACCUGCCUUGUGGGGAUCCCAACUCCUCCAGAUGAGUUGCCCGCCUCCCUUUAUACCUCUUUUGAACCCUUAUUUAACAAUAAAAUCAAUCGCCCCUCCAAUCUCUACCCUAAUAUCGCCUGGAGGAAGUUUUCCAAUCGUUUAAAUCAAUCAAAAUCCGAACCACCUGAGUUUACGUUGCUCGGUUCCUCCACAGCCCAUUUUUGUUUUCAGUUUUUCCCAUUCCCGGGUCAAGAUAAUAAAUCGUAUACACCAAUCAUAUCAUCAAAUCACACCGCCGGGAAUUGGUGCUCUUCCCUGUUCCAAAUUACCAUCCCCAUCACAUCUGAUGAUAAACCCAAGUCCCUUCCCAAUGGUUUGUUUUUGAUUUGUGGGAACCGAGCUUGGCAAGGCAUCCCCUCUCGCCUUCUCGGAGGUCCGUGCACCAUUGGCCGGUUGACGCUGUUUACACCCAGCAAAAGUCAAAUUACGGAUUGGCAGAAAAUAAAGGUCGCAGCAAAUUCCAAUCGGACAAAGAGAGAUUUAGCUAAUUUGGAUAACACUUGCGACGAAGAAAUUGUGCAUUGGGGUAAACCAGAGGAGGUAGCAUGGAUCACCUUUCUUCCCUGGGUGGCCGUCGCUCAAGCUCUGGGUGAAUUAGGCCACCUGGAGUGCUGGGUUGCUAAGCAAGCCAAUCUUACAUCAACCGCGCUCAGUGACCUCUUAGCAGACGAGGAGAUAACAAGGCAGGCAACGUUACAAAACCGAGCAGCAAUAGAUUUUCUAUUGCUGCUCCACGACCAUCGUUGUGACGAGUUCGAGGGGCUCUGUUGCAUGAAUUUGUCAUCCAAGGCCGAGGACGUCCGAAUCUCGAUUGAUAAAAUGAAAGAAAUGAUAAAGCAAAUAAAAGAGGAUUCUUCAGAUUGGUUGGGAAACAUGUUCGCAGGAUUGGGGUUGUCGGGAUGGGUUUCAUCUGUCCUGAAGACUGUUGUCUUAAUUUUGUUUGUUAUAUUGUUGAUUUUGAUUACUGUAUCUAUUAUCUGGAAGGCUUUGAAAAGACUUUUGUUAAAGUUAACGUCCCCGGUAGAAGUCAACCGAGUGGCAGCGGAGGAAGAAUGGAGAUUUGGAAAAGAGGACUUUGAAUUUGCACAGAUGACCGAUCACCCUGAUGUGGACGGAUACUCGGAGGACAGUUUUUAAGCUAUUAUAGUUAUUUUCCUUGUUUUUCCUUUAAAACAAAAAAGGGGGAGAUGUUGGGGCGCGUUGGUUUGCUCCCCGCACCCCCGAGUUUUAUACAUGGUCUAGCCCUGGGGCACUCCCUCUUUUUCUUUUUUAAUCACCCUGUCUGUCAUCCCUCUCCCCUCCCUGUUUGGCAAUGUAUCCACCUGAACCCCUCCCUGGACCCCCAUCCAUCACUCGGAGGCCAAGCCCCAUUUUCUAGAAUCUUCCAGCCAGGCCAUCGGGUGAUUGGCUCAGGGGCCAGAGACACUCCCCACUUCCACUCCCAUUGGUUAAUUUAGUUGUCAGUUCAAGGUUUGUUACGCCCCCCUGAAUCCCUGAUUGGUUGUUGGCUACCCUUCAAAAGGCGCUGUCAGGCGCAGCUAUUGGUCUCUUGGCUCGUGUCUUCCCUGGAAUAAACCGGACUGUGACA